CUGGAUGUGGAAGCUAAGUAAAAAUUUUCAAGGCUUUUCUUUAUUGCCCAUUUAUUGAGCACCUUGUAUUAAUAUUGUAGAUACAUAUGCCCUUGACCCAAAGUGAUCAUAAACAAAACUGUCUCACUCAUAAAGGAAUAUUUUUGGUCGAGAAAUGUGGUAGCUUUUUCCAAAGAAGAUUUUAUAGAGAAGUUAGACUAUGUUGAUAAAGCACUUGAACUAUUCACUGAAAUUAUGAAGUUCCGCAGUAUAUUAAAGCCAUGUGUGACGAAACUUUACAAAUCUUGCAGUUUCACACUACUUCCGUCGCUCAAAAGCGAGUUUGUUUUUCUUUUUUAUGUCUCAUUACUUGGAAUGGAGACCUUUGGAGAAAACGGAUUGGGGCACUUUCUUCUUUGUAUUAAAGUUCAAUAUUGUAAAGAAAUUCUUAGAUUUUUAUGUUCACCUGAAGUACUGCGCGAGCUGAAAUCAGAGUGGAUUCAUGUUUAUGAUGAAUCGUUUGUAGAUACUUUUCUGAUUAAACCUCUUGUAAAAUGGAAGCCUGUAUUUAUAUCCCUUCAAAAGUCUCUGGAAUCAGAGCAAAGUACACCCGAUCAUAAGAAAAUUACAGAAGUUCAACCAUUAAGGCUAACGCAACCAAAACCCCGAUCUAUUCUUACACCAGAUAUUGUAAUUCCAAAAAUGCAAAAAAUGCGCGACCCUCCAAUUUCUACUUAUAAUCAACCACCAGAAAUUUCUUUAUUACUCAUGGAAAAAAACAAGAAUCGUGAACAGAUUGAAAAGUUAAAAAUUCAAAGUGAUAGGCUUAAACCAAAAUGUGCAGAAAUAAUUUAUGGUGAUGCAAAAACAACGAAUAAUCAAAAUGAAUAUAACUUUAAGAAUGAUUCUACAGAUAACAUAGAAGAUACUAGAAAUAAUAAAAGUAUGAUGAAUCCUCCAGUCAAAUUGAAAAGUCAAAGAAUUAGCUCAAAUAAAAGAAAGUAUUUGUCUGCUUUAAACAAAACCGCAGUGGUUAAUACAAAUGCUGUUAGUAUAUUACGUGAAUGGAAAUUGUAUUCGGAUAGAGAGAGGGAGCAAAGACAAAAGCUUUGUGAAUUAGAAUCUGGAGCGUUUACGAAUGCUGCUUAUAAUUCUUGGAAACAAGAAGAAGAGAUGAAAAUUAAAUUAAAUCAACUGAAAAAAAUGGAACGUAACCGUUUAAAUGUAAUGAUAAGUCAUGAAGCAUCAUCAACAGCUAAGUUUGAUCUUUGCUGUAAACGAAAAAUUGCGGCUAAUAAACUUAGAAAUGAAAAGCAUGCCAAACUAUUGGAAUUUUUAAAUGAAAAGAAAUUACAACAGGAUAAAAUGAAUAAAAUAGCCAAAGAAGUUGCUAGUUCACAUGAAAAUGCAAAAAUUGCAAAGAAGAAGUUGAUGGAAGAAAAGAAAAAAUCAGCUAGUGAAAUACUUAAGGAAAGUAAACAACUGUUAGAUGAAGCUGCGACAAAAGCGGAAGAGGAGAAGAAAAUGAAAAAAGAAUUGAUUAGUCAGAUUCAAGCGGAAGAAUUAUCGGCCAUAAUGAUGAAAUCACGAAAUGUAAAACAAAUUGAUUUAACCAAUACACCCGGACAUGGUUUACUAAAUGAAAUGUCUAUAAUUGAGUUAAGGGAACGCCUUAAUCAAUUGAAAAUUAAUAAACAACGUGAAUUGGAAGAGAAAAGAGAUGCAAUAAUAAAUGAUAAAGAACAAAAAACAAAGGUUUUAUUAGAGUUACUUACUCGAAUUGGCAAACACAGAAGUGUAAAAACUGUAGCUGCAACGAGAAAAAUGGUAAAUAAUGGGGAAAAUACUCUUAUCAAUAACUGCAAAGUUACUAAGGAAGAUAUAUACAAAAAUGAUCCAUCACUACAACAAAUGCUUGAUUGUUUGAGUAAACGAAAAGAAGAAAGACAAAGAUAUGCAAAGAGUGAUCAGUCACAAAAAUUCAGGAAAUAUGUAAAUAAAGGUGUUAAAAAUAAGGAGAAUGAAUCCCUGAAAACAUUCUGGGAUGAACUUGAACGUCAAAGAGAACAAAGAUCACGUAUGGAAACAGGGGCUACGCAUCAUCCUUCAGAGCACUUAAUCACGAGUCUCACAGCUUAGAGCAAAGGAAAGGAAGAAUUCUCAAACUGUUUCCUGAAAUAUGUUUGAUGAAAGAGAACGGUGUUAUGCAAGAAUCUUCAAUUAUAAGUCCUUGAUAUAUUAAAAACAUUUGAUUUAAGACAUACAGUCAACUUGCCUAAUCAAUUUUGAUUAAACAGACAAAGUGGAAAUAACAACAGUAUUUAUGUUAACUAAUUUUAUAGUGGGUAUCAAAUAAAAGAAGCAUGUAAAAUGUAGUUUUCU